AUGCAUUUUCUAGUCCUAGGAGCUACAGGUGCCAUCCGCCGCCAAUUCUGCGAUCUCGCUUUGAACGAAGGUCAUAAACUUACACUUUUCGUUCGAAAUGCCACAAAGGUCCCAGAGAACAUUCUCAACAACGCAGAACAGGUAAUCGAAGGAUCAUUUGAAGCCCAUUCCGACCUAGAUAAAAUUGCAAAAUGCGGAGCAGACAUGUUUGUCUCUUUUGCAGGUCCAACAUUCGGAGCCAGCGGGACACCCCUUGCAGAUGGAUACGAACUUUUAAUCCCCAAGCUCGCCUCGCAAAACAUGACUCGUGUUCUCAUUCUUUGCACGCCAUCUUUCCGAGACAAGUCUGACGUUGAAACGUUCAAAUGGCGCUUUGGUGGUUGGUUCAUGAAGUUCUUCAGUCCGGGCCAGUACCAGGAGAUGAUUGCUAUCGGAGAGACUGUUUCUACCUCGAGCGAAGAAAUCCAGUGGGAAUUGUUUCGGGUUGGCGGACUUACUAACGGGGACGAGGCGCCGGUUGAGGCGACUCAUCUGGGAAGCGGACUGGACAAGACUUGGAUUAGUAGAUCUAGUGUUGCGAGAUGGGUUUUGGAUGAGGCCAUAGAGGGGAAAUGGGUAGGGAAGAUGCCUUAUAUUUGUAACAAGUGA